AUGGACGAGGUAUUUGACCUGAUCGUUGUGGGCACUGGCUGGUAUGGUUUGGCGGCCGCCAAAACUUACACUGAGCUGCAUCCUUGCGAGAAUGUGGCUGUCCUCGAGACCAAUUCUUCCGUGGGAGGCGUUUGGGCAGAAGACCGCCUGUAUCCUGGAUUGAAAUCGAAUAACAUGUUGGGUACUUAUGAGUAUCCCGACUUCCCACUGGACGGGGCCACCUAUGGUGUGAAACCUGGCCAGCAUAUUCCAGGUACCGUGCUGCACCAGUAUCUCACAGACUAUGCAAAGAAGUUCGGGGUGUUUCAGCGCAUUCGGUUCAACACGAGGGUCACCUCUGCAGAACCGUCGGAAGGGAGUGGCUGGCUCCUACGAACCGCCUCGGCCGAGGGUAAGGUCUUCCAGACAAAGAAGCUGGUAAUCGCUACCGGUUUAACAUCUGAGCCUUACGUGCCGAAGCUGCCCGGCAUGGAGGAAUUCAGAGGUCAGAUGUUCCAUUUGAGAGACUUUGCAGGCAAGGCCGAUACUUUAAAGGACGCACAAAACGUCGUCGUGGUCGGAGGCGCAAAGUCCGCUUGGGAUGCGGCAUAUGCCUACGCACAGGCUGGGGCCCAAGUAGACAUGGUAAUCCGGAAAUCGGGACACGGGCCAGUAUGGAUGGCUCCGCCUUACGUUACGCCUCUGAAGAAGUGGCUAGAAAAACUUGUGCAUACUCGCUUCUUGACCUGGCUAAGUCCCUGCGUCUGGGGUGAUGAAGAUGGUUAUUCCAGCAUUCGGCACUUCCUGCACGGAACUCUCAUCGGGCGAGGGAUCGUGAGUACUUUUUGGAAGAUCCUUGGUAGCGAUGUGAUUUCUCUCAACAAGUAUGACUCGCACCCAGAGCUGAAGAAGCUGAAACCGUGGGAUCCGGCCUUUUACAUUGGCAGCUCCUUGAGCAUUCACAACUACCCGAACAGUUUCUUCGACCUUGUCAGGGAGGGUAAGAUAAGGGUCAAUAUUGAUGAGAUUGCCGGCGUCAGCUCAGAAUCUAUCAAUCUGGCCUCGGGGCAAAAGCUCAAGGCUGACGUCGCAGUUCUGGCCACCGGCUGGAGGAAAGAACCAUCUGUGGAAUUCGUCAAUGGCAGUGAGGCUGAAGUGGGACAACGUCAUUCACCUGCAGACUUGGAGGCCUUGACAAAGCAAGCUGACCACGAAAUUCUGGAACGAUUCCCGAGUCUGAAGACCCAGCCAGAAAGGACGAGUCAGCUCCAGGAGAAGUUGGCUGAGAGGAUGGGCCAGCCACUUCGCCUGUACAGAUUCACGGUCCCCCCAGCGAUGGUGGCCAAGCGUAACCUUGCCUUUGUCGGAAUGUCCUCAUCAAUUACCACUCCGAUCGUCGCUACAGUACAGGCACUCUGGAUCUCAGCCUUUUUCGACAACAAGCUUGACAGGCUGCCCGAGUCAGAAGAUGAUAUCAAAUGGGAGACAGUCCUCCAUAGUCGGUUCUGUCGAUGGAGAUAUCCGAUCGGUUAUGGUCCUAACUUUCCCGACUUCGUCUUCGAUGCUGUCCCAUACGUCGAUAUGCUGCUGCGAGAUGUCAACCUAGAGUCGCAUCGAAAACCCGGUAAGAUGGCCGACAUGUUCGAUCCUUAUGGACCUGAGGAUUAUGUCGGGCUUGUGGAUGAAUGGAAGAAAGGACAUGCAUAA